AUAUUUCAUUAUUAUUUUGUUUUUUUUCUUGUGUCAAGAUGAAGGAAGAAGACGAUGAAAGGCGAGAAACUGCAAUGGCGUCGGCUCCAUCUCUGCAGCCGAAUUUCAAAUCCUCCAUUACUACAAAAGCUCAAAUUUCCAAGUUUCAGGAACUGCAUAAGAGGCGAUUACAGAUAAAAGCCAAAACAAUUGAGAAAAAGAAGAAAGAUAAGAAGAAACCUCUGCUUGACGAAAUUUCCUGUGCAAGUAACUAUGAAGAAGAAAUCUUAAGUAGAGAAGAAGGAAGUUCAAGCCCAUCUGUCUCGAUCGAAAACCCAGCUGAACUAAAGAAGCGGAAGUUGCAUUGGGGGCUUGAUACAAAGGAGAGAUGGGAAAGGAAAGCAAACAUGUAAGUAUUGGUAGUUCCUCCAAAUCUGUAGCCAUCAACAAUUGGUCAAAGCUUAAGCUCUCAAUAUGCUUUUGUGUAUAUCAAUCAUUCAUCUAUAGUUGAAACCAUUUAGUAUCAUGAUGAACAUAUCAUUUAAUAUCUGUCAUAUUGAAUGAGAGGCUUGAGCCAA